CGCUGGCAGGCUCACUCACUCGCGGUGCCUGCCGCCCGACUCCUGGCGGCUCGCAGCUCCAGCUCCUGCCCAGCGAUCCGAAGCUGCUCUGGCUCUGAGGACCAGACCACGCAACUGGCUGGCCCUGGGCGAGCCUCGGAAGCAGGGCCUGAUGGCACCAUCUGUGGUGAGCCUCCUGGUUGUCUCCCUUCUGCAAGUUGCCCUCACUUUGAACCCUGAGGACCCCAACGUGUGUAGUCACUGGGAGAGCUAUGCGGUGACUGUGCAGGAGUCAUAUGCACACCCCUUCGAUCAAAUCUACUACACCCGAUGCACAGAUAUCCUCAACUGGUUCAAAUGCACCCGACACCGGAUCAGCUAUAAGACGGCAUAUCGGCGUGGCCUACGGACCAUGUACAGGCGGAGGUCUCAGUGCUGCCCCGGUUACUACGAGAAUGGAAACUUCUGCAUUCCCCUGUGUACAGAAGAGUGUAUGCAUGGCCGCUGCAUCUCCCCAGACACCUGCCACUGUGAGCCUGGAUGGGGAGGUCCUGACUGUUCCAGUGGCUGCGACAGCGAGCACUGGGGCCCCCACUGCAGCAACAGGUGCCAGUGCCAGAACGGCGCCCUGUGCAACCCCAUCACCGGCGCCUGUGUGUGCGCUCCCGGCUUCCGAGGCUGGCGCUGCGAGGAGCUCUGCGCGCCCGGCACCCAUGGCAAGGGCUGCCAGCUGCCGUGCCAGUGCCGCCACGGCGCCAGCUGCGACCCGCGCACCGGCGAGUGCCUCUGCGCACCUGGCUACACGGGUGUCUACUGCGAGGAGCUAUGCCCUCCUGGGAGCCAUGGAGCUCACUGUGAGCUGCGCUGCCCCUGCCAGAAUGGGGGCACCUGCCACCACAUCACUGGCGAGUGUGCCUGCCCUCCAGGCUGGACGGGAGCCGUAUGUGCCCAGCCCUGCCCACCGGGAACGUUUGGCCAGAACUGCAGCCAGGACUGUCCCUGCCACCAUGGAGGCCAGUGUGACCAUGUGACUGGGCAGUGCCACUGCACAGCCGGAUACAUGGGGGACAGGUGCCAAGAGGAAUGCCCCUUCGGAACCUUUGGCUUCCAGUGUUCCCAGCGUUGUGACUGCCAUAACGGAGGCCAGUGUUCACCUACCACAGGUGCCUGUGAGUGUGAACCUGGCUACAAGGGCCCUAGCUGCCAGGAGCGGUUGUGCCCCGAAGGCCUGCAUGGCCCAGGCUGCACCUUGCCCUGCCCCUGUGACACAGACAACACUAUCAGCUGCCAUCCCGUCACUGGAGCCUGUACCUGCCAACCAGGCUGGUCUGGCCACUACUGCAAUGAGUCCUGCCCUGCCGGAUACUAUGGUGACAGCUGCCAGCUGCCCUGCACCUGCCAGAAUGGUGCUGACUGCCACAGCAUCACCGGUGGCUGCACUUGUGCUCCAGGCUUCAUGGGAGAGGUGUGUGCGAUUCCCUGUGCUUCAGGGACCUAUGGCCCCAACUGCUCAUCUGUGUGCAGCUGUAGCAAUGGUGGCACCUGCUCCCCAGUGGACGGCUCCUGCACCUGCAGAGAGGGGUGGCAGGGCCUGGAUUGCUCCUUGCCGUGUUCCAGUGGGACAUGGGGCCUUAACUGCAACGAGAGCUGUGACUGUGCCAAUGGAGCGGCCUGCAGCCCCAUCAACGGUUCCUGUGCCUGCAUGCCAGGCUGGCUGGGGGACACCUGCGACCUACCCUGCCCGGAUGGCAUGUUUGGGCUGAACUGCAGUGAGCGCUGUGACUGCAGCCACGCUGAUGGCUGUGAUCCUGUCACUGGCCACUGCUGCUGCUUGGCAGGAUGGACAGGCAUCCACUGUGACAGCACAUGCCCUCCAGGUCGCUGGGGUCCCAACUGCUCGGUGUCCUGCAGCUGUGAGAAUGGAGGCUCCUGCUCCCCAGAAGAUGGGAGCUGCGAAUGUGCCCCUGGCUUCCGAGGACCCCUAUGCCAGAGAAUCUGCCCACCAGGGUUCUACGGCCAUGGCUGCGCUCAGCCUUGUCCCCUCUGUGUGCAUAGCAAUGGACCCUGCCAUCACGUCAGUGGGAUCUGUGAGUGCCUGCCAGGAUUCUCUGGAGCCUUGUGCAAUCAAGUGUGUGCUGGAGGGCACUUUGGGCAGGACUGUGCUCAGCUCUGUUCCUGUGCCAACAACGGGACCUGCAGCCCCAUCGAUGGCUCCUGCCAGUGCUUCCCUGGAUGGAUUGGCAAGGACUGCUCACAAGCUUGCCCACCGGGGUUCUGGGGCUCUGCCUGCUUCCACACAUGCAGCUGCCACAACGGGGCGAGCUGUAGCGCCGACGAUGGGGCCUGCCACUGCACCCCUGGCUGGACUGGACUCUUCUGCACACAGCGUUGCCCGGCAGCAUUUUUUGGGAAGGACUGUGGACGUGUAUGCCAGUGUCAGAAUGGAGCCAGCUGUGACCACAUCACUGGGAAGUGUACCUGCCGAACAGGCUUCACAGGGCGCCACUGUGAGCAGAGAUGUGCCCCAGGAACCUUUGGCUAUGGGUGUCAGCAGAUAUGUGAGUGUAUGAACAAUGCCACUUGUGACCAUGUCACUGGCACCUGUUACUGCAGCACUGGAUUCAAAGGAAUCAGAUGUGACCAAGCUGCUCUCAUGAUGGAUGAGUUGAAUCCCUACACCAAGAUCAGUCCAGCUCUGGGUGCAGAACGGCACUCGGUAGGCGCCAUCACAGGCAUUGUCCUCCUGUUGUUCCUCGUCGUGGUGUUGCUGGGCCUGUUUGCUUGGCGCCGUCAGCGGCAGAAAGAGAAAGGCCGUGACCUGGCUCCUCGUGUUUCCUACACUCCAGCCAUGAGGAUGACCAGCACUGACUACUCUCUCUCAGAUUUGUCUCAAAGUAGCAGCCAUGCCCAGUGCUUUUCCAAUGCCAGCUACCACGCACUGGCGUGCGGGGGGCCUGCCACCAGCCAGGCCAGCACUCUGGACAGGAACAGUCCCACCAAGACUCCCAUUUCCAGAUCAGUGCCCUGGAGGCCAGGUACCCGCCCGAGGACUUCUACAUUGAACUUAGACACCUCAGCCGCCCCGCUGAGCCACACUCACCAGACGCUUGUGGAAUGGAUAGACGACAGAACACAUACAUUAUGGACAAAGGCUUCAAAGUUGCACCUGCUUAGCAAACGCUUGUGGGGUUUUUUUAUAGAUGCCAACUAAAUGUCUUCGGAAUUGUAGAGCAUCAUUAUCCAACUAAUUAGUACAAGUUAAAUUGAUUAUAAAUCUGAAAUAAAGUCAAUCUAUCUGCCCCAGAGGCCUUUUGUCAUUACAAGGACUACCACAUGCACCUGCUGCCUUUUGGGGGAGGGGGCACAAGGAAUGCAAAUGAUACCUAGUAUUGAUACUGUAUAUUCCCCCACCCUGGAGAGAUCUCUGCACCCAAGAGCAGAGAAGCCAAGACAGAUUCCUACGCCAUGGAAACUACAAGUCAGAACCUCUCUCUAGGAAGUCUACAGGUGAAGUUUUUUUUUUGUUUGUUUGUUUUUAAAAAAAAGAUCAAGUCCUGCCCUGGAUUAGGUGCUAGGUUCAAAUGUCAGAAUGUAUGAAGUAGGCAGGGGGCACUCUGGAACUUAGUCACUUAUUAACUGUGAGUUUCCUAAGGCCAUUUCUUCAUCUGCAAGGUGGACAAUUAUACAUGUCUUAUUUUCUAACAAGAUUAUCAUGAGUGUACAAUAAAGUCAGAUGGGAAGUGCUCUUGCAUAUUAUAAAGAAGAUAACAAUGUAAUGUCUUUGAUAAGUGUCCAAAACUCAGCCAAACUGAGAUUAGAAAGUCCUUCCAGGGCCUUGGCAGCUUUGAGAAACUGAGCUACCUUCCAGGAGUUCAGCAAAGGUCCCACCUAAUAUUCUAAACUUAGCUCUGCACCAGAUCAUCUAACAAGUUUGUUAAAACUACAUGUGAUCACGCCUGCAUGAGAUUCUGCUGCAGUAGAUGGAGAGUGGGGCCCUGGGCUCUACAAUUGUGAUGAGUACCUCAAGGCAUCCUUCCGCCAUUUUAUUACCCAUCCAUCAUAUGUCUAAACUGCCCCAGACUUCCAGGUUACUGUUCCAAUGUUUCAUACCUAGCACAACCAUCUUCUAACCAAGGAGAGCAACUUGUGUACAAAGCUGGGGGAGUUGGCUAUCAGAAGUGGGAUAAGCAAGGGAUGGGUGGCAUGGUGUGCUCUGAGCAAGAGCAGCAGCGCUGAGUGACCACCAUCGUGGAUUGGGGUGUGAGGAGGGAGGCCAUUACUAAACUCCAAGCCAGCUGAUGGGUGGUUCUCCACUGAGACCGUGAUUAUGGAAAUUUUCUGAGUUCUGGCUUAAACCAUAAAAUGGAAGCAAGCACCCUUUCUGUAUGUGAUACUGCCAACAGAAGGGCCAGUUCUACCACUUUGUCACUGCGACCUGGAAGUUCAGUUUCUCAAAGUGGAAUGGAGAUUAGAAAGUCCUUCCAGGGCCUUGGCAGCAUUGAGAACAUGCAUGGCUCAAUAGAGAAUAAGCUGAGACAAGCCCAGACACUAAUAUAUGAGCACACAACUUCCCUGUGUACCUUCUUGUCCCAGGCAUGGUGAUUAUGGGAGCUACUUUUAAACUAGAGACCACAAAUGUAAACAAAGCUAAGGAAAGUCAGUCUCUUCUUUGGCGUCAUUACAUUCCUGUUUCAUGGGGUCAUCAGUGCACGGCAGCCCUAGCAGGCAGUCAGCCAGAUUCUGUUUCACCACUCUGGCUCUAAUCAUCCUUUAAAUUAGAGAGAAAAGAACUGUGUAGGCAAAUGUACCAGCAAGUGUUGGGGGCCAACAUGCCACAAGAGAAUUGAAAAAGAGGCAAGUGAAACGUAACGGUCUAGAACUUUACAGAAACUCACAUGGAACAAAUCCUACCUAUCGGUUUAAAUCCUCAAAUAUUUAAUCAACUAGUUCAUGCCAUAAAUUUUAGAACUGCUGAGUCUAUUCUCUGAACACAGUAAGGAAAAGGCUUGCCUGAGAAUAAAGGGAUUUGGGUUCUAGUUCUGCUGUAUGACCCUCGCUAGAACACAGUAUUUGUAGGUCUUGGCUUCCUCUUUAAAAGAGGACAGUUGUGCUAGUACCGUCUCUAAGGUCCUUUCCAGCUUUGACAUCCUAAAAGUCCUAAUUCAAGCAAAACUCACUUUUUUCUGUAACUAAACUCUGCUCACUGUCACCCUGGAGGUUGAAUGAGACUGCUUACACUGCUAAAUACCUUUCAGUCUUCCCUUCUCCCCUUCAGCACAAUGACUGUACAAUAAACUGCCUCAUGUUCAAUUCCUUGCCUGUCAGGCAUUUCAAUAUGCGACAGAAAAAAACUCUCUCCAUCACCUAUUUGGGAAUCCUUAAGCCCACUGCUGCCACCUUCCCCACCUACCUGUUCCCUUGCCAUCCAACAUCCAAGUCUCUCCCUGAAGUAACUCUGGGUUCUUAGACAUUUAGGAGCCCAUGGACAUUCUGAAAUCUCCUUUUUUGUGGCCAGUGUUCUCUUGUCCUGAGAUUGCCCCAUCUCCUCCCUCCCCAUAGUUGGUCUCUCAAGGAGAGAGGGAUGCUAACUUAGGGCCCAGGAAUAGGAAAGGCAUCCUAUGAAUAGCAGUAGCUCAGAGUUAAGAUAUUUUGUCUCUGGGUUUCCACAUACAUUUAAGUAAGUUGGGUCUUAACUAGAGUCAGGCCCUGUUAAUAGGUUCAGAACACACAAAGCAACUUUGGGAAGUCAUUUCCUCUCUGGAUUUGUGCUUCCUCAUAAAAUGAAAGUUGUCAGUUCAUUUCAGAAGCCCCUUCUGUCUGUGAUAGUAUAUGACUGCAUGUAAUCUGAGGGAAGCAGGACAUAAGGAGAGUAAUUGCCAGAACAUGUGUGGAACUAAACUCAAUCCUAAUGCUAAUUACAGGCCAGUUGCUGUGAGGUGCCUCCUUAGAGCUUGGGUAGCCCUGGUAAGAUGCUUCCCCUUUCUUUGCACAACGCCCUGAAGGGCAG